AUGGCGCAAAUCACAAUUAACGGAAUUGGAAUAUCAUUUCCCUUCGUCCCCUAUCCCAGUCAAAUGACCUACAUGUCCGGGAUCAUCGACUGCCUAACAAACGUACCCCAUUCCUUCAUUCCCAGAAAACCAAUGGGCUAUUGGAGAGUCCUACUGGGACUGUUGAGAGCCCGACAUGGGAUUGAUAUAAAAGGCAAUGUCCUCAUUUUUGACGAGGCUCAUAACUUGGUUGGCCGAGUGUCUUUAUUUUAGGAACGGGUUUGUGAGGAGAGUCUAUCCUUUGAUCUCUCGUCCACAAUUCUGAGUGGAGCCAUAAUAGAAUUGACCACGUUUAUGGAAUGGAUGGAGAGAAUCCACACUCAAAAUGUGGACCCCGACCAACCAGUUGACCAGAAAUUGGGUUUUCCUGUCUUUUCUAACCACCCAGCGGCCACCGCAGACCAAGUGAUGCAACUAAAGACCUCUCUUCAGUCGAGUAAUUUUUACCGUCUGUUGAUCCACUCUGAGUAUUUGAUUGUGUUUGUUGUCAGUUCAAAGGGGACUGCCCCCACGCUCUCCUACUGGUGUUUCACUGCCCACUGCAGUAUGAGGGAGUUGUUCAGUCACAAAGUCCACUCUGUUUUGCUCACCAGUGGCACACUCGACCCACUUAAUCUCAUCAAAGUAAUUCCUGCCGGCGUUUUGGUUUUCUUUCCGUCUUAUUCUCUCAUGGACAACUGCCUGACUCAGUGGAAGGUAGGAAAUGUGUUAUUCUCUCAGAACACCACUGUCUAUGAUUUGAUGAAUAGGUCUAAGCCUCUUUUUGUCGAGCCGAGAUUGAUCGAGAAGCGGGAAAGUGGUAUAGAAGCCAAGGAAAACGUGAAAUUGUCAACUGUCAGUGAAGGACUGGACUUUCUGGACGAUUAUGGCCGAGCAGUGAUUCUGAUUGGAUUGCCCUACGCCUCCUACAGAGACGUGCGGGUUGAGACAAAAAUGGGGUUUAUGGACGACAGGAAUGGACAAGGGAGGGUGUGGUAUAACAGGGAGGCCAUAAGGGCAGUCAACCAGUCAAUUGGGCGGAUCAUUCGACAUAAGAAUGACCAUGGGGCUAUUAUUCUGCUGGAUAAGCGGUAUUCCAGUUUCUCUCUUAUUUAUAGAUUUGCUAACACUCAAAUGCAGACCAAACUCCCUCCGUGGCUCAGACCGGCAGUCAGGGAGUUUGACGCUUUCGGGGCUCUGCUUAGACAUAUGAGUGUGUUUUUCAGACAGUUCAAACUCACUGUUGGAUUACUGUAA